UGCACAUAUUGGGACGCGGCCCGUUUCCGACAACAGCGGGAGGCGAAGCGCCAAACUCGAAAUUCGCGACUUGGCUGUGAAACCGAGUCCCUGAAUUCAGUGUUUCGGAGCUUUUUUUUUUAACUUACUAUGAAGUAGAAAAGAUGGAUUUACUCUUUAACAAGACUUUACAGGUGCAAGUGAAGUGCAAAGACUGUGACGACAGGCGAACGUUCAUUCGAGUCAGUAUUGAACUGCAGCUGACUUCCAACCCCGUCCACAGAAAGGAUCUGGUGGUGAGGCUGACCGAUGAUGCGGAUCUCUACUUCCUGUACAACCUGGUCAUCUCGGAGGAGGAUUUCCAAAGUCUGAAAGUCCAGCAGGGUCUGUUGAUAGACUUCACCUCUUUUCCUCAGAAGUUCAUAGACCUGUUGGACCAGUGUAUCGCUGAGCAGGACAAAGACCAUCCAAGGUUUCUGCUGCAGCUUUCCUCCACCUCCUCUGCAUUAGACCACAGCCCUGCCAGCCUUAAUGUAGUGGAGACUAACGCAUUCAAACACCUCACACAUCUGUCUCUGAAGCUGCUCCCUGGCUCAGAUGUGGAAGUUAAGAAGUAUUUGGCCGCCUGUUUGGCCACAGUGAAGCAAGAAAAGGAGCAACUACAGCAGAGACUGAGGACAACAGAGGAGGAUCUGUCCAGGCAGCUGAGCUACGCACAGCAGACGUUGUCUGAAAAGAGCCGGGAGCUGGACAAACUGCGGUCAGAGUGGACCUCACAGACGACCUCUCUGUCCAGCAGACACACGCAGGAUCUCACAGCAGAGCGAGAAAAAGCUCUUGAGAUUCAGACCAAGCUGCAGCAGCAGAACGACCAGCUGCGGCGGGAGCUGGAGGCAGCCCACCAGAGGAGCACCCAGCAGCUCCAGGUCAGGCUCUCUGAACUGGAGACCUCCAACAGGGAGCUCACGGAGAAGAAAUACAAAAGUGACUCCACCAUCAGAGACCUGAAAGCCAAAGUGCUCGGUCUGGAGGAGGAGUCGCAGAGGGCGAAGCAGCAGGUCAUCUCCCUCCGAAGAGAAAACGGCACUCUCGACUCCGAGUGCCACGAUAAAGAGCGUCUGAUUAACCAGCUGCAGACUCGCGUGGCUGUGCUGGAGCAGGAAAUCAAAGACAAAGACCAGCUCGUGCUCCGAACCAAGGAGGUUCUCGAGGCCACGCAGCAGCAGAAGAAUUCAGUUGAAGAAACUUCUGAAAGUAAACAGCUUCAGAUUGGGAAAUUGGAGGCCACUGUGAAAUCUUUGUCUGAGGAGCUAAUCAAGGCGAAUGGCAUCAUUAAGAAGCUGCAGGGUGAUCUGAAAGCGCUGGUAGGGAAGAUAAAGGUGAAGAACACGGUGACGGUGUCUCAGGAAAAGAUCCUGCAGGAGACGACGGAGCGGCUACAGAGAGAACAGAGGGAGCUGCAGGAAACGCAGCAGAAACUGCGACUCAAAGAGGAAGAGGUGUCAAAACUAAAGGAGCAGCUGGAAGCCACAGUUCAAAAAUUGGAUGAGAGCAGGGAGGUGUUGAAAACUAAUGAAAAUGUGAUAACGUGGCUGAAUAAGCAGCUGAAUGAGAACCAGUUGUCCAGGAAGCAGGAGGCAGUAGGCAUGUUUGAGACGCCGCAGGCCGCUGCAGGGUUGAGGCUGGGAACUCACAAUAUGCUUGAUAGUAAAAGUUUCCCCUCCUUGGGCCAGCCGUACCCCGUAACUUCCACCUUAAACUCCAAGCACUCCUUCCCUCUGUCGAGUCUGAACACAGGACCCCGCUCUGUCCUGACUCUGCACAAUCAGAGCGCAGGAACAAAGGUCCAGUUUAAUCCAAUUAGUGGCAAACCCAACAUGCCUCCUGUGGAGGUGGGGACCGGAGGUCUCGCAGCACAGCAACAGUCCUCCAGUAAAGAGAACGGCGAGCCCCUCGGGUUGGACUCAAAAUACUUUGAGAGGCGAGACGACAGCAUUCCCCUGCGCGGUCUCGUACCCAGCAUGCAUUUAAACAAAGACGUCACUAAGCCCUCAGCGAACAUGGGUGGAGUGAAGCCUGCCCUGCAGUCAGCACCUUCAGCGUAUUUCCCCGGAUGACCCACACCACACCUCUCUACUGACCUCUAAUCUACAACCAGCUGAUCCACCCGCGACUCUGCAGACGUAUCUACAUCGCCGUGUUACACUUGUGUGUGUUUAUAAGUACUAAUUAUUUAUUAAAACUGAUUUUAACCCCUUA